AUGCACCCGCUCGCGCCCGCGCUGACGCGCGCUCACAGCAAGAUCAACCCCGUCGAGGCCAAUCCAAACGAGUAUAUAACCUUUAUCCGCGCGCUACCGCGGUUCAAGGACCAUGCGGACGCCGAACACAUCCUCAAGGCCGUCGCGGCGCAGACGAAGCGCAUCUUCCGUGACCGCUUCAUGCUAGUUGGCACCCUCGAGGAAGCAGGCUACAACCGUGUCUUUGCGGGCCGCAACUGGAACCACGGGCAGAGUAUUGAGCUUGUCUUGCGGCGCGCGGACGGGCGGUUCCUGCCGUUGAAGUAUAUCAUGGGGGUCAUGUGCCAUGAGAUGGCGCACAUCACUCACAUGAACCACGGGCCAGAGUUCCAGAAGCUCAACGCUGCCAUCAAGCGCGACGUGGCUGAGCUCCAGGCGAAGGGGCACUAUGGCGACGGCUUCUGGUCGGACGGGCUGCGGCUAAGCGACCGCGCGCGUCUCGGGGCUGAAGGACUGAAGGAGGACGACUUUCCAGAGUACAUUUGUGGUGUCAGCGCGGGCGACGCCCGCAAGGCGCGCGGCGGUCGCCGAGCUGGCCGCGGCCCAGCGAGCUCCCGCGCCCCAGGCCUCGUGCAGGGCGAAGCGUCGCACCGCUCGGGCCGGCAGACAGACUACAAUCGCAAGCCGGCACGGCGCACCAACGUCGACAUGGGCGAGGGCGGGAGCCGGCUCGACGGGCUGCAGGCCAUUACGAAGGAGGAGCGCGAGACGCGCAAGGCGGCGGUUGAUCGUCGUGCCAAGCGACUGCAGAAGCAGGGGCUGUCGCUUGCCAAGGCGAAGAAGCUCGCUGCGGAGGAGUAUGAUCGCGCGAACCCUUGGUUCAAGGAGGGCAGUUCGUAUGGCAAGCGUGCCAAGUCCAAGACUGCGGCCGAGCUCCGGGCCGAGGCGGCUGAGCGUCGUCUGGCCGCCCUCGCUGGGCCGCCGCGCAACGGCGGUGCUGGCGUCAAGGAAGACCCCGACGAGCUCGACGAGCUCGACGAGCUGGAAGACGAGGAGCGUGACUUCAAGCCCGACAUCAGCGACGACGACGACGACGUCAUUCUCAUCGAAGACCCGCACCUCUCUAUCGAGGACCGCAAGGCCGAGCUCGAGUCUGAGAUGACCGAGGCAGAGAGGGACAUGCUUAGAGGCGGGUGGGACGAGUUUGUGGAGACGGCGGCAGCGACGUCAGCGUCGAAACGCAAGAGUCCCCCGGAGGCCGAUGCCCGUGCCAACAAGAAGACUGCGGGCAGCUCGUCGACUUUGCCACACUCGCGCAAGUCCAACUCGGCGACGGCGACUAGCUUUGACCACGCGAGCAUUGUCCGUCAAGCCCGCCUGCAGGCUGUGGGGCUCGCAGCAACGACGUCAUUGCACACAUCCCAUCGCCUGGGUGGUGCAGGGACUGAUGAGGGUCACGGCAGCAACCCUGGUCGUCCGAUCAAGCAAGAGAUAACGACCGAGUGGCACUGCGCAAUGUGUACUUUUAUAAACGGUGUGGGCAGCCGUCGCUGUGAAAUGUGUGAUUCGUUGCCCGCCGAUGAGGAGUAG